GUUCUGUCAGUCGGUAGUCGGCGUUCGGCCGAGAUCGGUAACGCGAUUUUUCCUACGCGAGAGGUGUACGCGUCCCGAGUUCCUUUGAUUUUUCUCCCAUGGAUAAAGUGCCCGUUGAUCGCGGAGGUGCUGGAUCGAAGCUCAAAAUUAUUUAGUUGGCCUUUGCGACAUGGCGCCACCUAGACACGAUGCUGGGGGUUGAUUCUUAGGGAUUCUCAAGUUUUCUCGUCCCACCAAAACUCCUGCUCCGUGCACGUCAUUCGAGGAUUUUGAGACAAAAUAGCGAUACCGGGAAGGAAAAUCGGUCAGAAAAUCUCGCGAUAAGCGGAAGAAAUCGGUAAAAGUUGAUCCCGGGGAUCUCCGCGCGUAGAGGAGGAAGAAGAAAAAACAAGUGAGGCAGUGUGCUUUCGGGCACGGUAGGAUAAUUCACCUCGGUAGGCGAAAAUGAUUCAGAGCAUAAAAUCGACGGCGUUGCGGAGAUCGCUAAAAUCGUGCGCGGAAUAAUGUACGAGGAGAUUGGUAUACGCCGGUGAGCCGCGGGGGAGGAUUCAAAGACGAGUCCGCAUACUGUGUAUUUUGUAUGCAACCUGCAGUCGUGAGGUUUGCUCGAAAUAAUUAUUCACCUCGUCGAGGUGCAGGCGUGUUCUCGACACGCCCACCUCUAAAUCAUAGUUCCUUCGAGAAAAACCUUGAUGAGCCGCCGAUCCGAAUAAUAUUUAAAGAAAUUUUUCCUCUUUUUUUUUAUCGUCCAAUUAUUUUUCGAACCGGUUACCGAUCGGGGCCUCAUUCUUUUCUAUUCCGGGCGAUUCCUUCGGCUUUUGAAAACGUUUGAACAACAUUUAUCGUUGCUAUCGAAUGGAACAACGACGUUCGACUCCGGUUCACUUUCACCGAGGCUUCUCCCACUCUCUUUCACCCCCGCCCACUUAUUCGCUAACCGAGAAAGGGAGCGUUAUAUAAAUUAAUCGGAUAUCACGGUAAUAAUCCCCCUCCGGAAUCGAGCGGGAUCGGUUCGUUCGCCCCCCCCGAAUCGUAGCCUUUUCGUAAUCGUUUUUAAAACUCGGAUCUCGCGAAGACGUUCCGAGGAAAACAACUUUUUGCUUCGAUUUUCGAAUUUCCGGUUACACGAUCGAUCGCGCGAUCGUUUCCGAAUCCUCGAUCCUACAAGGCGAUGAGGAAAGUAGUCUCCGUAUAAAAUAGAAUCCCGCCGAAUGAAAAUAUCUAUUGGAUUAUGAAGAAUGAAAGCGCGAUACGAUCUUGUCUCGGUCGCGGUUGUUUUUUUGGCUUCUCAUUGAAGACUAAAAAUGUGCAGAUCUUAAGGAGGAUUAUUUGAUCAAAGUGGGAACGAGAUUGUAUUCCGAGUGUGCGGGGAUCGAGAGAAAAAAAAAGUAAAGCGUAGUAGCGAUGCGGCGCUUAUCGAGUUCAGGAACGCCGUCCUCCAAUCUUAUCGCGAUAAAAAUACAUUUGGAGAAGUGACCGAGCGGCGAGUCGCGAGAGAUAUUUUGGAAAUAAUUGUCCGUGCGCGAACGACGAUUCGAGGAAUGCGAUAAAACAUCGUUGAGCAUCUCCCCGGGAAAUAAAUGAAAGACAAGGGCCACUGAGUGAUCGGAAGUAAGUUUGAAAAGCGAGUGGUAAAAAAGAGUCGGAAGAUGCGAAACGGUGGGCAGCCUCAACAAACCGCGGUGAUGGCACCGCCGCACCUAAACGGCUCGGCGCAGUUCAUAUCCGGUGGAUACGUCGGAUACGCGCCUCGUCAAUCCUGGACGCAGUUUCAGUCCCCGCAAAAUCAACAACAGCCGAGCCAAAACCAAGCGAAUCAACAACAAAGACGAGGCAGACCUCUUUCUCAUCCACCGCCACCUCCUCCGGCCACUUCUCCGGCGACUUCCGCUCACAGACUGAGCUAUCAACCACCCUCCAAUUCCGUCGCAUCCUCAACCAAGAGCAAUUCACUUCCGCGUUCCCGUCCCGGCACGAAUCCACGAGUUAACGCACCUUCGAAGGUCGAUCCUGAGCUGAUAUUCACGAAGCAGGAGAGAAUCGGCAAGGGCAGCUUCGGAGAGGUGUUCAAGGGCAUCGACAACAGAACCCAACAGGUCGUUGCGAUUAAGAUCAUUGAUCUGGAGGAGGCCGAAGAUGAGAUCGAGGACAUACAACAGGAGAUCAUGGUGCUGUCGCAGUGCGACAGUCCCUACGUCACCAAGUAUUAUGGCUCUUAUCUCAAGGGCACGAAAUUAUGGAUCAUCAUGGAGUAUCUGGGCGGUGGAUCCGCCCUGGAUCUCAUGAAAGCUGGAAGCUUCGAGGAGAUGCAUAUCGCUGUGAUUCUUCGCGAGGUACUCAAGGGCCUCGAUUAUUUGCACAGCGAGAGAAAGCUUCAUCGUGAUAUUAAAGCUGCUAAUGUACUGCUGAGCGAAAUGGGGGACGUCAAACUCGCCGAUUUUGGAGUUGCCGGACAAUUGACCAACACCACGAGCAAGAGAAAUACUUUUGUCGGUACGCCAUUUUGGAUGGCACCGGAAGUCAUAAAACAGUCGGCCUACGAUUCGAAGGCUGAUAUUUGGUCACUGGGAAUAACGGCGAUUGAAUUGGCCAAGGGCGAACCGCCUAAUAGCGAGCUUCAUCCAAUGAGAGUAUUAUUUCUCAUACCGAAAAACAAUCCGCCCCAAUUGACGGGGAAUUACACGAAGCAAUUUAAAGAAUUCGUCGAAGCGUGUCUCAACAAAGAUCCCGAAAAUAGACCGACAGCGAAGGAAUUACUAAAGUUUCAGUUCAUACGAAAAGCCAAGAAAAAUUCGUACCUCAUCGAUCUAAUCGACAGGUACAAAAAAUGGAAAUCAAAGCGAAGCGAAGAAUCGGAGACGGAGAGUGAAAAUUCAGAUUCGGAAGAGUCGAAGCAAGACAGUGACAUGGACGAGCCUUGGAUAAUGACGGUAAAAGGGCCUCACGGUGGAAAAGGUGGAGGAGGUCCUUUGCCGUUGUUGACAACGAUCGAGGAUCAAUCGCCCUCGUUGACGCUGAGCCAUACUGGAAAUCACCGAAACAUUGCGAACCAUCAAUUGCAGCAGCCAACGAAGCCGCCGCAAUCGAACGGAGCUUCGAGAUCUCCGCCGAACGAUUCGGCACUGAAUCAUUUUGCUGCUAGUGACACUGCGAGGGAUUCGCAACGCGAGGUUCAACCCAAGCAUACACCGUCCCGGCCUCACGAGGCGGCGCCACCGCCGCCUACCGACAUCCGCGAAAAUCGCGAGAACCGUGAAAACCGCGAGUACAGCGAAUACAACAGCGAUUCGAGGGGAAGUCGACCGAGGGAGAAGAACAAUCGUGAGAAAAGAAUAAGCAAACUUGAACCACCGGUCGUACCAAUGCUCGAUCAUAGAACUACCGAGGAUAAACAACGUCCGAGGAGCUCGCAAGAGCCGAAACAUCAUCCUCGAAGCGCCGCUCUUUCUUCCGUUAUCUUGCCAUUAUUAUCCGAGCUUCAGCGUAAAUAUCAAUAUCAAUCAGCGAGGGAGAAUAACGGUGAGGGUGUUAGCGGUAUCGGUAGAAACGGUAAUGCGAUAGACGAACUGAGGAGUGCCUUUGAGUUGGCCGAACGAACGUCCCCAGGUAUGAGCGAGGCUCUUGUGAGAGAACUGUUGAGAGCUUUGCUGCCGGCUAAUCAUUCGGACAGUCGAUUGUCAGUGCUCAUGGACAAAGUUGUGCCGAGCGGUUAGGGACGCGUGGGACGUAAGAGUAACGAAAGAAGAAGAAGAAGAAGAAGAAGAAGAAGAAGAAGAAGAAGAAGAAGAAGAAGAAGAAGAGAGGGGCAAGGCAAUGGAGAAUAGAGAGCAAAUCCUUCAAUCGAAUGGAGAAAAUAAAGAAGAACGGAUUUAAAAAGGGGAGCAAGAAAAUAUACGAAUAUCGGCCUCUGAGAUAACGAAUCCGAGUUUCGUGCCAGCAGACACGGACGGAGAGUUCCUAAACACCGCCAACAAUCACCACCACCACAGAAAACCUUACCACCGUUCAACCUCCGAGAAGAAAAUAAACUGGAAUAUGAGGAAGCCUCGAAAAUGCUUCGGACGCCUCCGAAAAGCUUCGCUAGUUCUUUGAAGAUGUAGAAGCCUUGAAACUCUAUCCGAGUUCGGGGAGUUCCGAAGCUUCGAAAAGCUCUGGAAAAAUUUGGAAACUUGCUGGAAAUCGAUUAAGGAUUUUUGUCUCGCCAUUCAUCUCUGUUCGAGCGAGAAAAGUAAAAAGAGUAAGAGAGUUUUAAAAACGAGACUUUGGAUUCGCCGUUUUCGACGGGUACAAAGGAUCCUUGUAAAUAUGUAUGUAGCGCGUUAAGAUAGAUUUUAUUAUGUAAUCGAAAUAUUGGCGUUUCCGUCGAUCCUCGCCGACUACAGGCUCCCGACGACAGAAACAUCGACACCCGAUGAAACAAUUUAUGUUCGAAUUUUAUUAAGUUCUGCGCCUGCGCAGCGCUCGUUUCAUCCUGAAGACAACAUUUAUUUUCGCCUUCGUGUAUGCCUGUUUCUUCUCUCAUUGUUUGACUACUUUUACAAGCCUGGUUGCGAAAAUUUCAAACUAAUUUCGUGGUUUUGUACGUCUGCGAAAUCCCUCACUUGUCACUCCAAUGCGAUUGGUUACUGCCCCCGAAAUGGCAAAAGAGUCAUUUUAUGUCUCAAACUUUUGUCGAAGGACAUUUUAAUUCAGUUUUUAAUGGCUCCCGAAUGAGGAAAAAAAAAACAGUCUCGCGACCUUGCUUCGAGGCUCGCUGAGAGAGUUUUGAUGUUUGCUGAAUUUUCUCGCAUACAUACGUUAUAAUUCAAUGAAAUGUUGCCAUGUUUUAAAAAUUACGUUUUUUAGAAGAUGUAAAUAUUUUGGAUCGCGGCUCGAGCGACGCGAAUCGCCUGCGCUGACGUUGAGAAGUAAUGGGAAGCAAAAUUAUGCAAUUGGAACUUGGGGGGGACGUUAGAUUAUGAGCCAAAACAGAAUUUCGAAGUGAAAAAUAUUUUUUUUUGCGAAAUCUGAUGACCCAGAUGAUUUAUGUUUUCAUUAUCUUUCGUAGUCGAGCAAGAAUUAAUACAGUAUUGAAAUUUGCAUCGUUGGAAUGCAACUUCAUCGUUUCUUCUUCGUUUUAUUAUUUUUAUUUGCAAGUUUUUUAGUUUAUGAGAUUUGUUCGUAGACAUUUUUGGAAAAUCUUGAAUAAAAGCAGUUUUUUGCUUUCCAACCGUGCAAAUUUCGAAUAGAGACACGCUUCGCAAGGGGUGAGAGUGGAGAAAACAAACGAUCGAAAAAAUUAAAAAUAAACGCUGGAUAGGAGAGUUCUAACUAGUCUCCUGACCAUUAUUAAUUCCUUUAAGAAUUAAAUAUUACCUAAUUGUAGGCGUUUCUCAUUACUGUCCCUCUUUGCCUUCUCGUGGCUCAUUUUUCCUUUUCGGUUGUUUUCAAUUGUUUUUUUUUUUUUUUCACCUGAUACUUCAAGAAUCUGAUUUUUUUUGUUUAUUUUCAAUGAAGAAAAAGUUAUUUCUUAAAUUUUUCUUCCAUUCGACACGGGAAAUCUAAGAUUUAACAAUUCAUUCUGUUUUCGAAUCGAAGGAAAAAUGUUCCGAAAGUAAUUUCUUUUAAAAACCGCGAGACUUGUUAUAAUUUAUAUUUUAUUAGCUGUUUCAUCGGUUGGGUUAGGUAUUUUUUGUCUAUUUACUUUUUCUUCUUGAAGCGAUAUCUUAUUAAUAAUUAGAGGCAUAUAUUUGCCAUUGCGAAGAACGAGAUUCAAGUAAAUGAAAAGGAAAGAAAGCGAGUCGAAAUCUCGAUUUUUCGUUUAUUUAUUCCCCAUCAUCUUUCUACGUGGCCAUUAUUAUUGCCUUAUUUUUUUCUCGUAUUCGUUAACCACGAAAAAGUUAGUAUUGUCGCCCUCCUUUAUAGAAAAAGUCUUGCGCUCCGGAGGAGGAAAGAAAAAUCGUAUGGUAGAUUAGUCGCAAGAAUCCAACGAUUUUUUCUUUCAAUGGAUUCAAAUUGAAAAUCGAAUUAUCUCAGAAAUUAAAAAGAGAAAUUACCGGUUUCAUGAAAUAGGAGCAAAUUUCGCGCAUACCUCUUUUCCUCCUCCCUCUUUUCUUUUCCCUUCUCCUCCUUGUAUUAUAUCCCUUUGGGUAUUAACCCCCCACAAUAUUCACCGUUAUCGAAACAUCGUGGUAAUACACAAAAUAAUGAGAAUAUAUGAAAAAAUGAAAGAAAUCCAUGAUUAAAAUAAACAAACGAACGAAAUAUUCGAGUGGAGUACAAUAUACAUGUAUAUAUUGUAUUUUACCAAUAAAACGAAACCUUGGCUGCGUAUGUUAUUGGAGUGUAUUAUACUGAUUUUAUGUGGCAUGCCGAGGGCGUGUACAAAAUAUUGAAUGAAAAAGGAAAAAAAUAAAUCGAUAUCAAUAAA